AUGCAGAUGAAAUAUUCUGAACAGGCUAAAGAGAAGGGAGUUUUUAUUGUUAGCGCUUGUGGUUGGGAUUCUAUCCCUUGUGAUAUGGGAAUGGAAUUUUUGAAGAAAAACUUUGAUGGGACUUUGACUUAUGCUGAGACUUUUGCAAAGAUUAAUACUGGAGAAUCCGGUUAUUCCUUCAAUGCCGGAACUUACCAAACACUCAUUCUUGGCAUUUGGAAAGCUAAGGACGACGGACUUGGACGUAUUCGUAAAGCUAUAAUGCCUGAAAAGCUGGUAAAGACUCGUUGGCGUGCUCCAAAGCGUUCAACUUUUUGGUACAAUGACAAAUUAAAGUGUUAUUGUCUUCCAUUUUUGGGUGCUGAUAAAAACAUUGUUCAACGUUCACAAUAUUUUGAUGCUCAAAUGGACAAGAAAUUUCCGGCAACGAUAGAGACUUACAUUUGUGUCAAAAGCGGGUUUUGGGCUCUAGCAUUAUUGACGUGGCUAAUGAUCUUUCAAAUUGCGGUCAAGUUUAGUUGGACUCGCAACAUUCUUCAAAAAUAUCCGGACAUUUGUUCUGCCUAUAUGUUUAAGAAUAGUGGACCGACACGUCAACAAGCGGAGGAGGCAACAUUUGAAUAUUGGUUCUUUGGCACUGGUUGGAAUGAAACAACAAUUCCACCACCCGUUGAAGAACAACCAAAGAAGAAAGUUGUUGUCCGUUGUGAUGGACCUGAUGCUGGUUACAUUGCUACUUCUGGUUGUGUUUUGUCGUGUGCAUUGACUAUUCUUUCUGAAGCUGAAAAUAUGCCAAAGCCUGGGUAA